AAAUAAAAGUACAUUAUACAAACGCUAAUUAUCGAAAGAGAAAAAGAACCCUAGAAUCGUGCUAGUACUCUUUCCUCUCUAGAUUUCUCGAAGCUCAGCCCUUUUCUUCGUCGCGAGGUUUUUCGUCCAGCUUCUACUUCUCCAUCAAGGAAUAUCCUCUUUAGCUGCCUUAGUGAACAUCCUUGUUGAGGUUCAAUAUGGAUUUGGAGACGGAAAACAGAAUAGCUGCCAUUCUCUUAAAGCAGGCUGCAGAAUUGCGCCGUGAGGCUCAGAAGGAAGGUGCACUUGCUUAUCUUCGUGAGCCCACAGUUAGGUGCAGGCCAAAUUCUCGUUUCUUGACUGCAACUGUUCGUGGAGUACAACAAGCUAAUCGUGUAGUUGAAGUUAAUGAGAUGUGGCGACUAAGAGAUAAGCAGCUCGAACUGGACAACAAGCUUAGAGGAAUCAGAAGUGAGAGCAAUAGUGGAAGGGGUCACAAGGACAUUCGUGAGUCUCGCACUUGUACAAGUAGAGCCAGCGAUGAAGUGGAUAACAGUGCAAAUUCUUCUCGCUCUUCAAAGAAAAGAGACCGUUUGGAUCCAUUGGAGGAUGAAGGUCUUAAGGAUGCUGAAAUUGACCAAUUUUUACACUCCAGAAUCAAGCGAGGCAGGGGUUCAGUUGGGUCGAGGAUGGAUGAAACCGGCCCUUACCUCCCCCUUAGCCCAGAUUCUAAAAACAAGUUCGAUAGCGAUAAUGAGACGAUUCCAUACAAAGCAAGAGUCGCACUUGGCCCAGAGAAGCCUUAUUCCCUGAAAUCCAGUGAAUUGUCUUCGGAUGAUGAGCCACAUCCACACAAGAACAAGAAAGCCUCGAGCAAACGCCAUUCGAGGAAACACAAAUCGAAGGAGGCGUCGAAAGACAAGAAGAAAAAGAAGAGAAAGGAAAAGAGAAGUAAACAUCACAAGUGAUCAUGUAACAGUUUUCAAAUGGAAAUCAGAUUAUUCAUCUAUUUAUCUAUCUUUAUAUGGUUGCCAUUUGUUGUAUGUACAUUAAUUUAAAUCUUUGUUAAUCUGACUUCCGCCAUUGAUGAAA